CGUACCGUACGCCUCUGUGCUUCUUUGUGUUCCCUUUGUUCUCGCAUUGGGACUGUUCCGUGCCGUGUCGGAUCCAAUCACAGGGUUCUUUCCAUCGUAUCGCGUUCCGUUGUGAUUGCUGUACUGCCACGCGCAUGGUUCCGUCCGGUGGCCUUUCGUUUGGUCUUCGGAUUGCUUUUCUUCUUCGCUCGUUUACUCCGCUUUCUCGGACGCCAUCUUUUUGAGCAGGAAGAUCUGGCUCAGGGCGUCCUGGACGCUUCCGUCGGGUGUCGAGGCGCCCGAGGUGACCCCCAGGACCACGUCCCGGUCGGUGUCGUCGAGGGUGGUGAGGAACUCCUCGGUAACGAUUUCUCCGUCGACGGUUCGGUGCGUGAUGGUGUUGUCGGCCCCGAUGCAAUCGGCGCGGUUGAUGUGGAAGGAUCGGACCCCGGCCUUGUGGGGGAUUUCCAGCAGGUGGGCCGUGUUGGAGGAAUCCCAGCCCCCGACCACCAGGAUGAAAUCGAGACCAAGCCCGCUGGCGUUGUCUACGAGCUCGCUCACGGCGUCCUGGCGUUCCUGGGUGGCGUCGCAGAUGGUGUCGAAUUCCAUGUAGUGCUCGUCCACCUUGGCGGGUCCGUAGGUCUUCAUGAUGGCCUUUUGGAAGAGCUGUCCGAUCGCCUUGGUUUCCUUCUUGUACAUGGUAGUUUGGUUGGCCAGACCGACCUUGUCCAGCAUGGUGUCGGGGUCAAAUCCCUCGCUCACGGCCUUUUCAAAGUAUUUCAUAAACGCCUCCUUGUCCUCCUUGGUGUUCUCUUUGCCCUUUUGUAUGUAAUCGACCACCAUCUGGGCUUCCUUCAUGUCCUUGACGCAGAUGUAAUCCUCACAGAAGGAAGUGGUGGCGAGUGUUUCCUCGUGGGCGUACUUUCCGUGAAUGAUGGAGGUCAACCCCCCCCGCUGGUGCUGAUCGACGGCGUUCCAUACCUUGGAAACCCAGGGGCAGGUGGUGUCUACGACCU